AUGUUAAAGUCGGUGAUAAUAUUUUCAGUGUUUCUGACUUGUUGUUAUUGUUUGGAAGGUAAUGAUCUGUCGGUGUUUGAGGCUAGAGCAAAAAAGAAAAAGAGUUCUAUCAAAUUGUUGGGUCUCAUCCUGCUAUUCGUAUUCUCAAAAAUGGCAAUUUUUAAAGCUGUAUCCGUGUUCCUCAUGAUGACGUUUUUCCAAAAGCUGUUCUCCAUCGGUGGCCUAGUGUUCCAGUACUUUAUGAAGAUGAAAGCUGAGAAGUCGAAGCCGGCGCCUCUCUACGGGGCCCCCCCGACCCAGAACUACGACACUGUGGGAUACAGCUACGGUCCACCUGAGCACGAGCCGCUCCAUCAGGAGGGUUACCCUGGGAAGAAUGUCGCAGUCUCUCUCGACUGGCUUUUGAAUAAACAUGCCAAUUAA